AUGAAGCAUUGGAAGUCCUGGAUGGCCACACAUCCACACACUAAGGUGAAUUUAUCUGACUUCGUGUUCUUAGACUGUUGGAAGAAUCUGAAGUACCCAGAGAAAAAUUCUACACAGACCCAGGAUACAGAGAGAAGGUUACAGUGUCUCAAUGAACCGAAAACUUUGGCUGACAGCUCCGGGAAACUACAGGCGAGCAGAGUGGCGGAGCUGCUGAGAGCAUCCCAGCUGCCCGCGGAGACCCUGCAUCAGGUUACGGAGGUUUGUGGAGCCAAGCAUCUGGGCUACUUCAGCAUAGGGCAGUUCCAUGUCGCCCUGAAGCUCCUGGCUGCUGCACAAUCAGGCCUCCCAGUUCGUCUGGAGAACAUCAAGGGCGAAUUGCCUCUUCCUAGGUUUCCAGGACUGAUACAGAACACAGAAGGCUGCUAUCAAGGCCUAUCUCAGUACGGCGACAUCAAGGCUCAUCAGUUUGGGGUCUCAUCUGCUCAGGUCCACAAGACAACCAUAGACAGGAGCACGUUCAGACAUCCCGAGAAUAACAUGGAUAUCCAGGAGCCCCAGGCCCCCCCUCGAUCACCCAGAAACUCCCCCCCCAGCUCCCCGGCCAGCUCCUCCCACUCCACAUGCACCACGCAGCGGAAUGAUGAUGCAUUAGUGGCGCAGGCAAAGCACGGCUGCGGGCUGCCCGGUGGUCAGCAGGAGAGCUGCUCUCCGAAACACCAUGCAGUCAGGGUCCCUGCAGAGCAUGCUACCCUCGCCAAGGCACUCUCUGUGGAGGCCUUGGUUGACCACAACUCUGAGGACUACUCUGAUGACCCCUGGAGGAUAACGGAGGAACAACGGGAGUAUUACACCCGCCAGUUCACAAGCCUGCAGCCUGACCUGGGGGCUCUUAUUCUGGGCUCUGUUGCAAAAGACUUCUUCACAAAGUCAAGGCUGUCGAUACGAGAGCUGUCUCAUAUAUGGGAUCUGAGCGACCUGGACCACGACGGAGCCCUGACAUUCCCUGAGUUCUGCAUCGCCUUCCACCUUAUCGUGGCUCGUAAGAAUGGCUUCCCUGUGCCUGAGAUCUUGCCCCCAGGGCUGCAGUCCAGCCUCCUGGAGCAGGACGGAGCCCCCCCAAGGCCGGUGGCUGAGGGCAUUUUUUUUGGUGCUCACCUGACCCAGCUUGAGAAGAUCCCAGUAUCUCCUGAGAGGACAGAACCCCUCAUUUCUUUUGAGGAAACAAAAACGCCUGAACAAAACAGAGUUGAAACACUGGGUCCAGAAGCUGAGAUGACCACUUCAAAGUUCGAUGUGAAACAGGAGCCGUCCAAGCCGGCAUCGAGUCCAAAAAGAGCAUCAGAAGUUCAAGACCAAUCAAAUAAAUUGGCUGACACAGACGUAGCAAGGCCAGAACCAGCGUGCAAGAUGGAUUCAGUAAUGAGACCUCGAUCGAGGCCACGGUCCUACUCCAGCACGUCCAUCAAUGACUCUGUGAAGAACUCAGAGACACCUCCGGCUCCUCCACCCCGCCGGCAGAAGACCCACUCACGCGCUUCAUCGCUGGACCUUAAUAAACUCUUUCAGCAGAGUCAUCAUGAGCCUGGAGGUGACUGGCCACUUCCUCCUCCAGCGCUUCCUCCGAGACGUGUGGCGAUGCAGGUGCAGCACUUUGUGCCCACUGCAGAGAAGAGCUCCCAGAAGGCACUGCGGCAGGUCGAUUUCGCUGACUUCACUAAGUUCAGAGCAGAGGAGAAAAGUCCCAUCAAAAGUAGCGGACAGAGACCCCUCUGCAAAGCAGGCAGGGCUGAGGACAGGGUCCACACCAAAACGGAUACUGGGUCCUCACAGCAGCUGCCGCAGAAAUCAACACACAAGAAGUACCGCCAUGCAAGCCAGAGUCUGGACCCUGUCACCGCAUCCACCACCGGGACCAGACAGACCCAAAGCAGGCUGCCCAACAGGCAGAAGAAAGACAUCCAGACAGCUAUCCGUAAGAACAAAGAAACCAAUGCGGUACUGGCAAGGAUCAACAGUGAGCUCCAGCAAAAGCUCAAGGAGGUGCAUCAGGAGAGGAUCUCCUUGGAGGCCCAGCUGGAAACCCUGCGACCAAUCGCCUUUGUCUGACCGGCUGAAGGACCGAGCCGCCUAUCCUAACCACGCGUGGCGUGAAAUGGCCCACAGCGGCGGAUCCGUGCCAAUAAGCGCGGUGCAGAAACCGGUCAGGAUGCCUUUUUCCCCCCAUUUUCGGUGACCACUUCACCUCAGAGGAUCCUUAAGCCGAAUGGCAAACAAACUUUUGGCAGCUGCACGAGGUCUUGUGUGACUUGGGCUGAGUGAUGUUCAGCCCCCUCAGCUCACUGGCAGAUGUGACUGUACAUCUAAAGACAUAAAAAGAAUCAGCUGUCAGCAUCUAAUCAGAAUCAGCUCUAAAUGUCUGUCAUCAACUUCAUCAUCUCUACAAUAGAAUAUUCAGAUAUGGUUUAAAUAUACAGUGCAUUUAUCAUUUUCUUUUAUUUAUAUUUAAAGUAUGCUUGUGUUUUUAUAGCAUAGUAGUAGGAUUUUUAUUAUUUUGUGUCUGGGUGUUGGACUACUUUUUUUUUUAAAGAUAUUUCCUGUUAGUAGAAAAAUUAUUUCUUACACUAUCAUCCAUCCAUCCAUCCAUCUCCCAAGCAUUUAUUUAGUCAAGAUUGGGGGGGGGGGGGGGCUGACUUACGGAAAGCACAGGACAAUGGAUGGGGGUACGUCCUGGAAGGGAUGUCAGUCCUUUGCAGAUCACACACACAAACUGUCACAUACUGUGGGAAUUUAGAAAUGUCUGUCCACCUAAUUCCACGUCUGAAGACCGUGGAAGGAAGCCAUAGGAAACCUGGGCAGCAAAUGGAGAACAUGCAAGAAACUCCAUGAAUGGGAUUCGAACCCCCCCACCGUGAAGGUAUAAAGCAACAACACGACUCAUUGCGUCACUGUGCUUGAUUCCCUCAGUGACUAUUUUUAUAGAUAUAAGUGAGAGAAAUUUAAAGGUAUCCAGAUAUUACUUACUUCUACUCAAACUUAUGCUGCUGAAUACUCAAUAAAUAUAAGGAAAGUGAGACUGCAGUUUCUCUUGCAUGUAUGGACACUUCCUGUCCUUUGUCAGUUUAUGAUGUUUAAUAUAUAUGUAUCUCAUCUCUGAAUGACUUCUGAGAGCACUGAUUCUGCAACACUUACAUCUAUGAAGGUAUGUUUAUUUUCAGUCCAUGGUUUUGCAUGUCAUGCUGGCUGGAUACUCAUUUGUCCAUCUUGUCAAUGGUUUGACAUGUUUGUUUCAUUGAAAGCGCAAUAUCUUAACUCCUGAUUGUCAUUUUCUGCACUCCCAAAUCUACCUUUUUUAUCUCUUUUUAUGCAUAAACAAAGUUGCAGGAUGAAGACCAGCAUUGUUCAAAACUUGCAGCUGUUACAUCUGAACCAAUUGUUAUAAUUCCUGUCUAAUGUCUGUUUAUUUUUUUCUGCAAAAUUAUACUCCAGAUUGAGCAGCUUGGAAAAAAAUAUUAAAGAAUGACACAUCAUUUUGGCAUGGAAAUAAAAUAACUAUUUACCCGAUUAUGCAUCAUAAAGAUUAUGCAACAUUUAAAAGUUGUGGUGACCUAAACCGAAAAAUUACUUUCUUUAAAAUAAUAAACAGGAAAUUAAAGAGCCAUUUGAUGGGGUGUUUAAACAGGGAUCAUACUGUCCUUUGGGUUGAGCUUGAGUUAAAUGGCAUUUUACAAAAUAAAAGCAAAAUAUCGACUUGGUGCAACAGGACGACUACAGCUAGGUCUUUAAAAUGGUGCUGGAACUCUAAAUCUAAUAAAUAUAUCUAAGAAGUACUUAUUAAUAUUUAUGGAUGCUUUAUGGGAAAUUGUAAG